AUGCAGAUCUUUGUAAAGACGUUGACGGGCAAAACCAUCACGCUCGAGGUUGAACCCAGUGACACAAUCGAUAAUGUGAAAGCUAAGAUCCAAGAUAAAGAAGGUAUUCCUCCUGAUCAACAAAGACUCAUCUUUGCCGGAAAACAGUUGGAAGAUGGUAGAACAUUGAGUGACUACAAUAUACAAAAAGAGUCAACCCUCCAUCUUGUUCUAAGGUUGAGAGGCGGAGCCAAGAAGCGCAAGAAGAAGAAUUACACCACACCGAAAAAGAACAAGCACAAGAAGAAGAAGGUGAAGCUGUCACUUCUCAAGUUCUACAAGGUAACUCUCACAUUUGUCUUUUUAAAAAUUUUAAUAUUUUUGUUUGAAUUUUUUGUCAUGGUGUGUGUUAUGAUGACAUUUUUAGGACACCUUAAGAUUACAUUAAUGUAA